CUAAUGAUAAAGAGGAUAGUCAGAUACCAAAUUCUUAUAGUGAAAGCCAUAAUUUUACAAAAGAAUUUAAAAAAAUUCAAAAUAAUAGACCUAGUAACAAUAAUUUGGUUAAUUUAUUUUCUAGCUCUAAAAAUAAGUCAUUUAGUUCUAAAAAAAUUUCUAUCAGCAAUAUCAAGUUUGGAAUUCAAUCUUAUAAAACUGCAAAUGAUAUUUGCCCAAUCACUUUCAAUCAGGAAAACCUUUGCAAUAUUUUGAAAAACUUGGAAGCAGAUAAUAAUAUGUCUUUUGAAUUAGAAGAUAAGAAUAAUAUGAGCUUUGAAGUU